AUGAAGAGUUGGAGUUGUAGGAGCACAAUCAAUGACCGUGUAGAGGGUCUGGACCUGAAAUCAGCUUUCGGUAUUCUAUGUAUUGCAGCGCUAUCUCAGAUUCAAAUUCAUUGUAGAAAUAAAGAAAUUGAAGCUUACGAAGAAGGGCCGAAUAAGAAAGAUACAAGCUCAGGAUUUCGAGACUUUUUCAAACGAAUAGUGCGCACCAAUUGCCUUAAUUUAGCUUUACAUUUCCAAAUUGUUUCAAAUUAUGAACUCAUCAUCAAUUAUGAACUGAUGCUUAAAGAAAAAGAUUUUCAGGAAAGUAAUAACAACAACACUGAUAGUAAUAACAGUGGUGACAACAAGGGCGGCAGCAUUGAAAAUAUCAGCAAAAAUAACAGUAACGGUGAGGCAACAGAGCGUACAAUAUCAGUAAGCGAAUCGUCAGAAGGUAGCCAUAUAUCGCCAUCAGAAACUCACAGUAGUGCUAGCAACGGCACGUCUCCGACUGCUUCGCGAGAAUGCUAUGAAUGCGCAGUGUACAAGGGAAAACUAGCGGUUGCAGAGAAUCGAUGUCGCUAUCUGGAAGGAAGGACUGCCACGUUACAGGUGAGCUGCAGAGCAUUCCGAAUUUCCUUCAGUCUACUCCUGAAAAACAAAUCUCACUGUCACUGA